CGCGUAAAACACCGUAAUUAGUAGUAGUAACCAUGGGCAAUAACGCUACGUCCGCGAACAAGAAAGUCGAUGCUGCCGAGAGCGUGCGGGAGUUUCUGGACCAAGCGAAGGAGGACUUCGAGGAGAAGUGGAAGCGCAAUCCGACCAACACGGCCGCGCUCGAUGACUUCGAGCGGAUCAAGACGCUCGGCACGGGCUCGUUCGGGCGCGUCAUGAUAGUACAACACAAAUCGACCAAGGACUACUACGCGAUGAAGAUUCUGGACAAACAGAAGGUGGUGAAGCUGAAGCAGGUCGAGCACACGCUGAACGAGAAGCGCAUCCUGCAGGCGAUCUCGUUUCCGUUUCUGGUCAGCCUGAAGUUCCACUUCAAGGACAACUCCAACCUGUACAUGGUGCUGGAGUACGUGCCGGGCGGGGAAAUGUUUUCGCACCUGCGGAAGGUGGGCCGCUUCUCGGAGCCCCACUCGCGCUUCUACGCCGCCCAGAUCGUGCUGGCGUUCGAGUAUCUGCACUAUCUCGAUCUGAUCUACCGCGAUCUGAAGCCGGAAAAUUUGCUGAUCGACUCGCAGGGCUACCUGAAGGUGACCGAUUUCGGGUUCGCGAAGCGCGUGAAGGGCCGUACCUGGACGCUGUGCGGUACGCCCGAGUACCUGGCGCCCGAGAUCAUCCUGAGCAAAGGCUACAACAAGGCGGUCGACUGGUGGGCGCUCGGUGUGCUGGUGUACGAGAUGGCGGCCGGCUACCCGCCGUUCUUUGCCGACCAGCCGAUUCAGAUCUACGAGAAGAUCGUCUCCGGCAAGGUCCGCUUCCCGUCGCACUUUGGCUCGGAGCUGAAGGAGCUGCUGCGCAAUCUGCUGCAAGUCGAUCUGACCAAGCGCUACGGCAACCUGAAGGCGGGCGUAAACGACAUCAAGGGCCACCGAUGGUUCGCCUCGACCGACUGGAUCGCCGUGUUCCAGAAGCGCAUCGAAGCACCGUUCAUACCGCGCUGCAAGGGACCGGGCGACACGAGCAACUUCGACGACUACGAGGAGGAAACCUUGCGCAUUUCCAGCACCGAGAAGUGCGCCAAGGAGUUUGCCGAGUUUUAAGCGAUAUUGAUUGGACCGAGCGAUCACACACGGGACCCGAGACAGCCGGGGGGGGAGCACAGCAUACAUACAGACAGGCAGUAGUGUGGCUGCUAGAGGACAACGACGGACAGAGUACGGACGGGGAGAGGAGGCUCUACGCAGCCUCCCACAGACCUUUGCAAAGCCCAGUGUGACCAGCCGGCCGGCACCCCCAUCACGGUUGCUUCCCGUGUUCUCCUUCUCUUGGGUAGCCUCCCCUUACAUCUGUGAGCACUGUUCGCGCCGGAACUUCCGGAUCUGGAUCGCCCUGUUUGUUUGUUGUACUCUUCCUUCCGCUGCUAUCACGUCCAGUGCGCGUCCGUGGCAGUGCACCCACCAAUCAAGCGACCGCCGUGCGCAAUGCGCACGCAG